AUGGAAUAUCUCACUUCAGUAGCCACUUCAGCUCUCCAGAAAAGGGUUGAAACGGCAAGCCAUGGAAAGAAGAAGAACGUGAAUCCGUUGACCUAUCCCAAGAGUGCAGAACCCUUCAGUUCUGAGUUAUUUCGAAAUCCUACUUCAGAAUACAGAGGGUGCCCACUCUGGGCGUGGAAUGCAAAAUGCGAAAAAGAUCAGUUGCUUAGACAAAUCGAUAAUUUCGCUGACAUGGGACUGGGUGGGUUCCAUAUACACGUGAGGACUGGACUCGAUACAGAGUAUCUUGGGACAGAGUUCAUGGAUCUCGUCAAAGCCUGUGUUGAUUACGCGGAGAGCAAGAACUUGAUGGCAUGCCUAUACGACGAGGAUCGGUGGCCGUCUGGAGCAGCGGGAGGUCUCGUUACAGAGAAAUACCCAGAGCAUAAAGGGAAGCAUGUGAUGUUCACUCCAUUCCUGUACGGAACCGUACCCCUUACUGGAGACCGCAUGCCGACUUCUGCACGCGCAUGUCGCAGUGAGAAUGGCCAAAUGAUAGCAAGAUACGACAUUACGCUGGACGAAAACGGCUGUCUGAAAUCAAGUAGAGUUCUCAAAGAAGGAGAGACCGGUGAAAAUAUCUGGUAUCUUUACGAAGAAACAAACCCUGGAUCACCUUGGUAUAAUGGUCAAACAUAUAUUGACACCUUUAGCAAGGAUGCAAUGGGCAGGUUCAUUGAGAUGACACACGAAGUCUACAAGAGUAAGAUAGGCAAUAAAUUCGGCUCCGUCGUGCCAUGCAUAUUCACAGACGAGCCUCAAUUUGCUACAAAAACAGGGCUUUCUAACCCGAAAGCUAGAGAAGAUGUGUUCUUCCCAUGGACUUCCGACUUCCCUCACUCGUUCAAAGAAGAAUAUUCUGCAGAUCUUUUCGAGGCUAUCCCUCAACUUGUUUGGGAUCUACCGAACGGAAAACCAAGCACUGCCCGUUACCGAUAUCAUGACCACGUUUGCGAACGGUUUGUGACGGCGUUCAUGGACCAAAUUGGAGCAUGGUGCAAGAAGAAUGGAAUCAUGCUGAACGGGCAUAUGAUGGAAGAGCCGACUCUUUACUCGCAGACUUCGGCGAUUGGGGAAGCAAUGCGUGCAUACCGUAGUAUGGAAAUGCCUGGUAUGGACUUAUUGUGUGAUUGGACAGAAUACAAUACUGCAAAGCAAGUUUCUAGUGUCGCUCGUCAAAAUGGCCUUAGGGGUGCCAUGUGUGAGAUUUACGGCGUCACCCAUUGGACCUUCACAUUUCAAGAUCACAAAGGCUGUGGUGACUGGCAAGCGGCACUCGGUAUAACUUUCCGAGUCCACCACCUCACUUGGAUGAGCAUGGCUGGAGAGGGCAAGCGAGAUUAUCCAGCCUCAAUUGGGUAUCAAAGCCCCUGGUACAAGGAGUACGGCCAUGUCGAAGAUCACUUUGCAAGAGUUGGUACUGUACUGACUAGAGGCAAAGCGGUAACGAGGAUUGCGGUCAUCCAUCCCAUCGAAAGCUACUGGAUGGCUUUUGGGCCUAAUGGCGGGGCCAAUGAAACCGGGGAGCGAGAUCGUGCAUUUGGAGAUCUAACCCACUGGCUUCUUCAUGCCCUUCUAGACUUUGACUUCAUCGCAGAAAGUUUAUUACCUGAUCAAUCUCCAAAGAUUGUUGGUAAGAAGCUUCAUGUCGGCGCCUGUGAGUACGACGUGGUGUUGGUACCAAAUUUACGUACUAUACGUUCAACCACAUUAAAGGUUCUUCGCCAGUUUUCCAAGUCUGGAGGAAAAGUAAUAUUUGCGGGAAGUGUUCCAGAUCUGGUUGAUGCUGCAGUGCCGCGUACCAAUCCUACGAUCGAUAACAGUCAAAGCGUCUUCUGGACACAACAUAACAUCUUAUCGGUUUUAGAAGAACACCGAGAAAUACGGAUUGUUACUGAUCAAGGAGACCCAACAGUUAAUUUGAUAUAUCAAAUGCGUCAGGAUGAUGAUAAGCGCUUCGUCUUUAUUUGCAAUAGAGACAGGAAUAAUCCGGUGCAGUCCGUCAUCAAGCUGAAGGGCUAUUGGGAGGUCGAAGAACUGAACUCUAUUACUGGCACUGAGAAUAAUCUCUCCAGUGGUAAGAUUGAAGGUUGGACUGCGUUACCCUACCGCUUUGAGGGCUGUGCUAGUGUUAUCCUUCGACUCUCUCCUGCUAAGCCAGAAAAUCAGAUGCAUCCCGCGCUCACCAUUCCAGUCAAUCCUCCACCGAUCACAAACGUAGAGACAUCAGAUGUUAUUCUUACAAGCCUAGAAUUGUCUGAGCCUAAUGUGCUCCUUUUAGACUACGCCGAAUUUAAGGUUGAUGAGGGAGCCUGGGAGCAAACGGAAGAGAUUCUGCGAAUCGAUAACAUUCUUCGUGAGCGGCUUGGCAUCCCACGGAAAGGACUUGCUUGGAAGCAACCAUGGUCAAUACCAGUCAAAGAUCGAGCUGGGAAAGCAAAAUUGGCUUUGCGCUUUAGAUUUGAAUCGUCUUUCGACGUUGAUGAUUUCACAAAUCUAGCACUCGAGGAUGCCAAUAAAAUGAAAAUCACCGUCAACGAUGUUGAUAUACCGACCAACGAAGAUGACUAUCCUUACUGGGUCGAUGAGGCUAUUAAUACGUUGAGGAUACCGAAGAAAACAAUCAAAAAGGGUAGCAACGUGAUCGUGUUAGAGUUUCCUUUCGGAAUACUGACCAAUGUGGAACGAAUCUAUCUACUGGGCGCAUUUUUCGUUACGCUCAAUGGCCGGGACACUGUUCUCGAGCCGCUUGAGCGGAUUAACUUGACUUGGGGGAACAUCACUGACCAAGGGUUUCCAUUUUACGUUGGCAAUGUGACAUAUAACUGUCUUUUUGUUGUUCCCAACGAAUCGCCCAGGUCAGACGUUACACUGAGAGUACCUAAUUUCAGCAGCCCUGUCUUGACUGUCACAUCAACCGCUACGAAUUCGAAAAUAGGCACGAUUGCUUUUCAACCACGGAGUCUAUCGCUUGGACAGCUUACUUCAGGACCCCACCAAAUAGCCAUCACUGCCUUUGGCAAUCGCUAUAACAGCUUCGGUCAUGUUCAUCUACCUGAGUAUAUCAAUAUGUGCCAACCCGAAAUGUGGAGAACUGGUGGAGACUGGUGGACUGACGACUACUCGUUGAGACCGAUUGGUGUACUUGAGUGCCCCAGCAUCGAGGUCUCGGAGAUGUCAAAAGAUUUGGAGAAGCCCGCGGAAAGUACAAGCGAUCACGACGAGUGGGUUGUGAUUAACAGGGAAUCAUAA